AUGAGCCACGAUGAUCCCAAGCGGCGCGAGAUCAUCGUCAAGCGGGCCAACUGGGCUGGUGGUCAUCUGAAUAAUCAGGAGACAUCCAAUCCUAGCAGUACGCCGUUGCCUGACGUUCAGGGGCAGGGUUCGGUCCAGAAUCGCAGGGAAAGGUACGCCAUCUUCUCCCACUCCAGUCUACACGAGCUCUUCGACCAGAUCAAGGAACAGUGGGACGGUAGCCAAGACGCGCGUGACCUCAAAGCGACAUUUGAGCAACUCAUUGCGGAUAAGAGGCUACCCAAGAUCGACAAGAUCGUCUGUUUUGGUCUCGGCUAUCUUAUUUUCGACGAGAUCAAUAACGACCGCGACACAGCUUCUCAAGAGGAGACUGCGAGACGCUGUUCCCAGCAUGCAGCAGCAAUGGCAAUCGCUUCGGUGCUUGAGAGCCGGCCGGACAAUGGAGGGCCUGUCCGUCUGUAUACCCAAGACGACGACUAUCGCGUCGAGGACACGAUCAUGCUGCGUCGACUUGGCUUCGAGAUGCUAAACCCGGGGUACGGCUUCCAAGAGGGGUUUGUAAAGGUCGACGAGAACACGUUAAUCCUGGCCAUGGGGUCCGGGUAUGGGGUGCAGAAGGUCGUAUGCGAAACAUCGCGUCCGGCAGCCAUAAUCUGGGCUUUCCCAAUGGGAAGAGACCUCGCGAGUUGGUGGGAGUUCCUGGGCACGAGACGCACCCUCGCAAUGGAGUACGAUCACCAUAACUGCGCAGCGCUCGAGCAUGAAUGGGAGAAGGGAUAUGAAGCUGAGCUGAUACCGCGCCAACAGUCGCCCUACUUCGGGAAGCCGAUUCCCGGCAGCCGUCUGGAAGGUAUGAGCGAUGCGGAGAAGAAGGAGUUUGAGGGACUGGUGAACCAUCCCUGGCGCCCACCGUUGCGCAGAUCGAGAUUCCUCCGCGGGUCAUCUUUGUAUGUUAAGAAGACGGGAUACAAUCAGUGA